AAUUGCGGGCGCGCGCUAAGGAUAUGUUAUUUUUUUAAGGGAAUCGCAUAUUGCGAAAAGAUAAUACAGAAUUUUUUCCGAAGGUAAAAGAAUAAAACUAAACUUGAAUAAAUGAACAAAGAACAAGGAAUCUUCAAACAGAUAUAUUAAUCCGAUAUUAAUAUAGGAAACAAAGUAUUUCAUGUACGAUUCGAUUUUAAUAAUAAUUUCUCCCACGACUGAGCCAGCGGGUUUAUAUUCGAUUAUCCAGUCGUAAUCAGUUGUUCCUACUCACUUCAGGAUAUUAUCUAUAGUGCAGAACAAUAAGCAUUACUGUACCAGUUCCCAGAUUAUCCUUAAAAAAUUCAGAUCUACAAGCAUGGAUAUUGUAUCAGCUAAUAAUUUCAUGGACAAUUUGAUAAAGAAUAUUCAGAUGUUAUGCCAUGGUCAUAUCCCCUUCGUUAAUAAUGUAGAAGUUAUUGGCCAUAUCUACCUAAAUAUUGACUGUGGUAAAAAGCUCAAUUAUAUUUUGAAUGAGAAAUGCAGUAAAGCCAGUACGUCUUUAAUAUUUACCAGCAACAGUUUUCAUGCUUCACCUGGCAAUGAAAAUCCUUCAAAGCCAAAGAAACAGAAGACUUCAACUGUUGUUAGUCCUGAAGGAACUCCAUCAAAAAUUAGUAAGAGAUCUGAUGAAACAAACUUAAAACAAGACCAUGUUGAUGAAUACUUUGAUGCCAGUACAGAAGAAGCAGAUUCACAAGAAUUUGAUGAUUCUUCUGGACAACACAUGUUUGUAGAUCCUGCUAGUGAAGAUGAAGAUGAUGACAAUCCAACAAAAAGUGAAAUAUCUUGUACAAGCACAGAUGCAUUUAACACUGAAGCUUCAAUCAAAAAUGUCAACAUUUCUGGAUUACUGCAUGAUGUAGGACAAAGUGAUAAUAUUGACUAUUCUAUCAUUGAAAUGGGCACACAGCAGGGUAGACCUAUGCUGGUGGAUAAUAUUGGUUAUAGUUAUAAUUUGAGAGUAAAAGUAAAAGAACGAGCAGACAAAUGUGCAACAUGGCGAUGUACUGUUAGAAAUAAGAAAAUAAGAUGUGCAGCAACUGUAUCACAAAAAGGAGAUCAAUUUAUCAGAGGAAAACAUGAACAUAGUCAUGAUCCGAAAGCAGGCCUGUUAACAUCAGUUUUGAUUACUGCAGAGGCAAGAGCACAAGCUAGUAAUGAUUUUAUAACACCAAUAUCUGAUGUAGUAGAAAGAGUGAUGUCAGUAAAAGGAACAGAAGAUGAAGCUGCUUUACCUAAAAUAUGUAAUUUGAAAAGAAUGAUCAAUAGACAUAGGCAAAUUAGUCGGAAGAGUUGUUCCGUACAAGAUCCAGGAGAUCUGAACUUUGAAGAAACAUGAAAUGUAGACUUGCAGGAGGGUCAAAAUUUAAUUCCUUGUACAGGCUUUUAUUAAUAUUCUGAGCUAUUAUGUAAAUUGAACUGCUCGUAAACACUGUUUAGUGUUUUUAAUGUAGUAUGUUAUAUUUACAAUAAUAAGCUAUUACAAUCUCGGAGGAAAUAGUUACGUUUGUCCUUAGUGCCUAUGGGUCCCAAAGACUUAAAAAACAAAAUAGAUGUGUUUUAUAUUUUAAAUAGGUACUCAUUGGGUGUCUGCAAUGCUACAUUUAGUUUGAAGUCAGACUCAAAAUUUUAUUAUACAAACUGGCCGUAAGAAGAUUAUAAAUUGGUUUGUUUCUAUUUUAAAAAAAUGAAUAUGUUGUAUUGUUAAUUUAUCAAAUCAUUACCAUUCAUGUAAAUUCUGUUACAUAUUAUCAUAAUGGCAUCAUUUAAAAUAAUUAAGAGAAAUGUUCUUGAAGAAAUGAUUCAAAUAAAAUUUUUUUCCAAAUGUAAGCGUAAACUUUGUAAAUUUAAUGGAAGAAGCUGGAAUUCAUUAACACCUCAGUACUUUUUCACUAGUAAUGUUAUUAGUAAAGUGUUGAGCAAGAAUUGGACAAUAGAAACUGCCAAUGUAAACAGAAACUGCCCUGAGAUUGCUGAGAAGAUUUCAAGUUAUGUUUAUGAAUUUUAGAACAUUUUAAACAUGCCUCCCAUUGUUCAGAAGGUUGACAAGGAGGUAUGUCUAACAUUGAUUGCAUGAAAAACUAUGGGGUACAUUGGUUAUAAGCUUCCAGCAUGCAAUAAAACAAAUAAAACUGGUUUUUAAAGAUGUAAA